AUGACUUCAAAUCCAUUCUUUGAAUCCUUCCCGGGAAAAUACAUUUGGAUAUUCGGCGCCAUCUCGUUCAACAUCAUACGUCUUCCCUUCUGGCUUGUAUACUAUGUCCCAUCAUUCAACCGCCCUACUUCAGGAUGGACCUACAUCCAAGCUCUUCGGAUCCGUGUCCUCAAAGCCUUCAUCAAAUCCGUCUCUGUAACCAAAUCAGCAACAAUUCUCACCCUUCUCCCCGGCAAAGAAGGCGCCCGUUUCUCAACCAUCCAUCCUGCUCCUGCAAACCGUUAUCAAGGCGUCACAAUGACCAAUUUCGAAAUUAGACCCGAAACCAUCGGUGGCACCUGGUUUCCUAAUCGUCCAUCAAAUGGCAAGGCGGCCGGUGACGUCGUUCUUCAUUUCCAUGGCGGUGCAUAUGUCAUUGGAGAUGGCCGAACAAACGAUGCUGGGUUUGCGGCAAAGACGAUGAUAGCUAAUACCACCGCCUCAUUUGUCUUCUGCCCUCAAUACCGUCUUGCUACGACUCCAGCAGGAAAGUUCCCAGCCGCGCUCCAAGAUGCUAUUACGAGUUUUGUGUAUCUGACCGAAACGCUCAAGAUCGAUGCCAACAAAAUCGUCGUUUCGGGGGAUAGUGCGGGCGGAAAUUUGGUACUGGCUCUCUUGAGAUAUAUUCACGAUAAUCCAGAAGCGGGACUUCCCAAUCCGGGUUGUGCAUGGUUAUGGUCUCCGUGGGUUGAUCCCAUUAGUACACUCGUCGAUGGAGCUUUUGAAUUCUCUCCUCGGGCCGCAACGGAUUACCUAGAUGGAGGAUUUGGAAUCUGGGGUGCAGAAGGCUUGGCGCCGUUGGAAGGCACGGGUGUGGAGCUGGCGCAUCCGAAUAUCUCGUUCUUGGGAAAUGCAUUCAAGACUCCUACUCCAUUGUUCUUUAGCACGGGCGAGUGUGAGGUACUCUUUGAUGAUGAUGUGAAGGCUUAUAAUGAGUUCACGGCAGUGGGUAAUAGCACGGAGUUGCAGAUUGAGAAGAAUGCUGUGCAUGAUAUUAUCUUGAUAGGUCAUGUGAUUGGGUUUAAAGAGGAGGCGAUUCUGGCGGUGAAGAGAGCGGGUGAAUUUUGGGAGAGGAAUAGAUAG